AUGGCCCCGUCAUCCAACUCCAAGUACUCAACCAGCAACAUGCGAUUCGCCAGACAGAAUAACAUUUUCCAAGUCAUGCCUUCAACUAGCCCAGGCUUCGGUAACAUCCUGUCCACUAGUAGCCGAGAUCAGGAGAUACGCGACGCUGGAGGAAGCGGGCUUACCGAGGUAUUUGACAAUUUCAGACCUUUCGUCGCAGGCAACGAAGCUGCUACAUCACCACAGGGCCAGGAGGGCCACGAUACCCGCCAGCGCUGGGGCAGCACUUGGGGAAGUACUUGUUCUGAGGGAUCCAAUUCGCGCGGCAACAACAAGAGUAGCAGCAGCAACAGCCCAGUCGGAAGUAACGGGCAAGGCAACAACACAGAGGCAAAGCACCGGAUGGGCAACAAUGGGCAGCAUCACGAUAAGCAAAGCAGCGAUGAAGAUGAGGAUAGCGAUGAGGAGGAGGGUGGUGUUGAGGAGGAGGGUAGUGAUGAGGAGGAGGGUAGUGAUGAGGAGGAGGGUAGUGAUGAGGAGGAGGGUAGUGAUGAGGAGGAGGGUAGUGAUGAGGAGGAGGGUAGUGAUGAGGAGGAGGGUAGUGAUGAGGAGGAGGGUAGUGAUGAGGAGGAGGGUAGUGAUGAGGAGGAGAGUAGUGAUGAGGAGGAGGGUAGUGAUGAGGAGAAGAGUAGUGACGAGGAGGAGAGCGGCGAUGAGGAGGAAGGUGGCGAUGAGGAGGAAGGUGGCGAUGAGGAGGAGGGUGGCGAUGAGGAGGAAGAUGGCGGUAAGGAGGAGGUUAGCGAGGACUGGUUAUGGGAACAAGCAGCCGAGGCAGCUGCUGGGGCGUCGUGGUGGGAGAGGAAGUGA